AUGAGUGCACGAGAAAUUCGUCCAUCUCUUUCAUCAAGCUCCAAACAAACAGAGCGAGAGUCUCUUCUAGUCAAAUAUCUUUCUCAUUUCCAAUCAUUAGGCUUAAAUCGUGCUUCAAGGCUAACAGUGUCAGACCUUCAAUCUCUGCUACCUAAAUUUAUUGAUGAAGAAUUAUCGGAAAACUUGGUAAACGAUUUUAGUAAAGAUUACGGAAACGCUGAAUUUACAUUACUCCCCCAUCCUUGAUCGAAUGGCUCACCAUCGUUCGAUCAAGGAUGGGGGUUUAAAAAAAAAUUUUUAUAUAAAAUAAAAAAUAUAUAUUUUUUUUUUAUAUACUACUUUAAAAUAAGAGGGUUAAGAGUAUUUAAUAAUUAUUCUUACAGCAAAAAAUUGAAUUAAUUUCAUAAAAAUACCAAUUUUUAAUAAUUUGAUUUUUUGUAUAAAUUUUAAUUUGUUCCUUAUUGAAUUAAAAAUUUAAGUGUUAAAAAAUCUCUAUUUUUUAGAUUAUUGAGUUUUUAAGCCCAGGUUGAUGACUAAAGCACUUCGGAUGGUUGAUUCCGUAGCUUUCUGUCAUCUUAAAGUCCUGAAAACAGCUUCAUUAGGCACAUCUUCCCAAGCUUUUGAUAAUUAAUAUAUAUUUUUAUAUAUAUAAAAUUUGCAUGAUAUGAAAAUCGUUCGAUCAAGGGGUUAUUUUUCCGAAUUUUUAGGAAUUUUUACAGUGAAUCGUUCGAUCAAGGAUGGGGGGGAGUUAGAGAAAUUCCUAAUUUUUUAUAUAGAUUCCCAAUUUAACAUAGAAAGUCAUUUAGAAACUUUGCAAUCUCAAAUGAAAUCAGCUUAUUUAAAACUUGAAGAAACUCGCAAGAAAAUAGUCACAUCCAAAGCUACAGAAACAUAUAACUCCCAAGGACUAAUGAACGGAAGCGUGCUAACAGUCUAUGUUUUCCAAGGCACAAAUUUAACAAAAAGACCAAAUACAAAUUUAUAUAUAAAGCUUCAGUGUGAAAGCCAAGAAAUUAAAACUCAAGAAAAUCCUAGCUGAUUUUGGAAUGAAGCAUUUACAUUUUCUAUCACAAAAGGAACUGGGACACUAGAUCUAGAAAUUUAUGAGAAAAAUAGCUUUAUUAGUCAAGUAAAAAUUCCUUUAUCAGCACUUAGAGAUCAGAUGAAAGCUGAACAAGAAUUAGAGCUCACCAAUAAAAAUGGAGAAUGGAAUGGAGGAAAAAUAAAAUUAAGGCUGCAAUGGAUAUGAAGCACAGCAAAAUAUAUGGAAGAUGUGGCUAGGCAGCUAGAAGAAAAUGUUGAACUUGAUAGACAAGAAUUUGAAAUUUUAAAAUUAAAUUUAGAUAAGAUGAAGAGCCCUUUUGCUGAGUCAGCUAGAAUAGCAAUGGGGAGGGAUAAUGAAUUUUAUGGGAGAAAUUUAGGACAACCUGUGUCGUGGGAUAUCCCAACAAAAUUGUCAAUUUAUUGAAUAAUGUUUAUGAGUGUGCUUAUUAUGUUUAUUAGAUCGGAUUUUUUAAAUUUGAUGGUAGGAAUUACGGCUUUAUUAUAUUUUUUGACGGAAGCAUGGACUGAUAAAACCUAUAAAAAUAUAGUAUAGCCAGGAGCGAUUUUGAUCGCCCUAGGCUGAAGAAGUCUCAGAAACUUGCCGAGUUGGUCUUUCAACUUAAGUUGACAAGCCAGCUCGGGGAAUUGGCAAAUGCCUCCUAUAAGACGUAUUUGUCAACUCCCUGAUUUGGUUUGUCAACUUGAAUUAAAAAACAAUUCGGGGAGUUUCUGAGCCUUCCCUAAGCCUAAGGCGAUCAAAAAUUGCUCCUGAGCUAUAUACGCAAUAUUAUUUUCUGAAAUUUAUGAUAUCUUAUGGAUGUUUUUAUUUUUCUCACACUGAAUGGAUGAGAGCUUAGAAGGGCCAAUAAAAAGGCUAGGUGCGGGCCUCACUUUAAUCAACUUUUUUGUAAAAAUAGCUGCUUCUGCAGUAUUUUGGAAAAACUCAAUAGAACUGUCAGGAUAA